AGACGGAGCCUGAGCGCUGACAGAGCGAGCACCGCGCUCCGAGAGGAGGGAGAGAGACAGAGAGAGAGAGAGAGAGAGAGAGAUACAGAGAGAGAGAGAGAGAGAGAGAGAGAGACCUGAACUCGGAGCUGCCACAGGACCCGGAUCCUCCAGCCUGUUUCACUAAUACUUGAGGAGAGGAGGCGGUUUGUUUUGUCUGGAUGCUCCUCGGGGCCGCGCGGAUGGGGCGGUUUGCGGGUGCAGCGGCUGCGGUAGCGCGGCUGUAGUGCGUAGCGCGGAUUUUCGCUCAGAGCUCCUCUCGCGGAUGUGAGUGUGGAAUAAAGUUGUCGCGCGGACGCAGAAGAAGCGAGCGUGUGCCUGUGUGAGAGCGCGCGCGCGCGCGAGAUUGAGAGUCCUGCGCGAGCGCGUGUGCACAAACACACACACGCCAACACAGCACGGACGGACAUUUGGAUGUGUGUGCUGUGCGCGCGGGCUCGGUGACGUGUGUCCCUGCGCUCCCUAAAUGCGCAGCCGCCCGAAGGGUCCCGAGACCCGGCGGCAAGAUGAUGAGCUCGCGCUCCGCGUGUCUGAGCUCGCGGCGGUGGAGUUUACUGCUGCUGCUCGCGGCGUGUCUGCGGUUCGGAGGCGCGCAGGACGAGUCUCUCCCACCGUCUCUGGUUGAUCUGGUAAUGAACAGUCCGAUCUCCUCUAUGCAGGACCUGCAGAGGCUGCUGGACGUUGAAUCCGUAGAAGAGGAGGAAGAUGAGGUCCAUUCUAACAGCACACACAAGCGCCUGCCCAGAAGCCUCAUUGGAGUCCAGGUGGCUCAGCAGGCGAUGUGUAAAGUGCGGACGGAGGUGAUGGAGGUGACCCGGGCCAUGCUGGACAGACGCAAUGCAAACUUCCUGCUGUGGCCGCUGUGUGUGGAGGUGCAGCGCUGUUCCGGCUGCUGCAACACGCGCACACUGCAAUGCGUGCCCGUCGCCACAGAAACGCGGCACUUGCAGAUGACCAAGAUUCAGUUCAUCAACAGACAGCCUGUCUACGAGAAGGUGAUCAUACCUGUGGAGGAUCACGUCAGCUGCAGCUGUCACUCACGCGCUGUGGCUCAGGCACCUCGAGCCAAGGCCACGCCCCCUCCUCCGCCGCCCAGGCUCCCCCCGAAAGCUGCCCCGCCAAAGAGCCACUCAAAGGAGGAGCUGCAUCGCCAUGAUGACCUCAAGCAAAACCAGAGGUUCCACCUGGAAGACAGAGAGACUCAGGAAGCGCAGUGGCAAUCCAGAUACACACUCACACACACGCAGGGAGCGCCUGCACACACACUCACACACACACAGGGAGUACCUGCACACACACUCACCCACACGCAGGGCUACCGGCCCGGCCCGGUGCAACAGACACUCACACACACUCCAGCCGGGCCAUCGUAUGUACGUCUAGAGGACGUUUCGACCAGGCAAACGACUCUGGGGGUCCUACACAUGCUGAGUGACACGACCCAACACUUUACAGUCCAAGAGGGGGUCAAAGAGCACCAGACACACCAUUCAAAGCUUGAGAAGGUUCCAGAACACCAAACACAUCUAGGCAGUGGUGAUGGUCAUCUAAAAGUCCAACAUCAACCAACAGAACACCACCAUCAUCAGCAUCACUUACGCUUACAGCAUGAUGAGGCAACAUCACGGAAACCGCAUCACAAGCUCAUUCCCGACUCCAGACAAACAGAAGUCCCCAGUCAUCAUCACAGUCAAUCAGAGAUGACUCUUCACCACAGUGGCCAACUGGAAGCGCCUAUUCUCAGCUACAGCCACGUAGAGGUUAUCGGCCAAUCCAGCGGACACACGGCGCUGCCUGACCAUCAUUCCGGCCAAUCGGCAACGGCCAGCCAAUCAGAAGCAUCCAGUCACCACCACAGCCAAUCAGACCGUGCCGAACAGCCUCAAGAUGGGAUGGAAAAGGAAACAGAGCAUCAGCACAAGCAAUCCCAGCAUGGCCAUCAUCAUCACCAUCAUCACCAUCAUCCAACACAAGCUACCAGUCUGCAGGAAAGCAGCACAGCAGGAGCAGUGCUGAAUGCCCCCCCAACCACGCCGCCUGCACCUCAGACCCCCCCUCCACUCGUCCCUCAGCGGCGGCGACGGAGGAAGCACCGAAGGAGGAUCAGCAAGUCCGCCAUGAGAGCCAUGAUCAUGGUAAUGUCCUAAAAGAACCGGCUCAUUGCCAUCACGGACCAGAAGAAAGCCAGAGAGGCCGGACACAGGGUGGACACAGGACAUCACCCCGACACACUGGAAAUAUCUUUCACAAUAACUGGAAACGUCUUUGAUCUUUGCCAAAUAAGCUCCGAGUGACUACAUUUCCCAGCGGCCAGCGCGGCCAAUCGGGGGGCCAGCAGCAUGGUAGGAGGCUGGAUACUCUCGGGAUUUCCUGAGAGCUUACUGGACAAGAAAGACCCUCUGCUGGGACAGCCUGCCAACUAACGAGACUGCAGCUGCAGCCUGCCAAAUAAUGAGGCGUAACUGUAACCGUAAUUGGUAUAGAAUCUGCCAGUCACUUAUCACACAAGACAACUGCCAAAUAGUGAGAAAUACUGACUGACCAGUCAGUGUCUGGUGUGCCAUCUGGUCCUCUCUUUAUGGGCUGCUUGAAGGGAAUGAGAAAAAAGUCCAGGCUGGCCUAUAAACUGCCAUAAACCCUGAUGCAAUUGGACAUUAUGGUCAGAACAGAUAAAACCAAACGAUUGUAUUGGGAAUAUGGAUCCUGGAAGCUACUGGAAGGAGAUAAGGAACUCACUGAGCGCAAAAGCAGUAGAUUUUCCUGGGAGCGUCAAAUCUUACCGCCUCAUCUUCCAACCCAGCGCAGCACAUGCCCUUCUUGGAAAGUGGAGCCUUUAUGAGGACCGCUUUCGGAAGAGGGGGAAAAAAACCUCUGAAGGUUUAAAUCAGUAUCGCAACAUGUGUAUUGAUGUUUAACUGCAGCAGCAACACUGUCAUGUCGUACACUGGAAUACUGUUAAAGGAAUAGUUCAGUCAAAAAAAGGCUAACGUCGCUAACAGUGAAUGAAAGUGAAUAGCCACCAUCAGUGGCGGCUACCGCUUUCCAGUCGUCGUUAGCAAUGUUUCAAUGUGCCACAUGCUUCCAAUAUACUAUUAGCAGUUCCACUAACGCAGAACGUAGCAUAACUGGAGUAUACUGCAUGCGGGAAAUGUCAUUAUGUUAGCUGAAAAGAACCCAAACCAAAAAAAAAAACACAAAAAGACUGUAAAACUGGGUUAGCGCAAUUUUGUUCAAGGUCUGUAGGGGG